AUGAAGCUCUCAGCCAAUUACUUUCUCGUCGCAAUCUUCCUCGCAUGCAACAUCUCAAGGACCGUUCAGAGUCAAUUGCAAACGAAACGUGAUAAUGUGGCCAUCGACUCUCUCGCCAGGGAUUUGGAACGCGUAGAGUCGGUACGCGAGGUUAAGGAUGUUCAGCGCACAUUUGCCCAAUUUGCCCAGUUUGGACGCUGGGCCGAUAUGGCAACCCUCUUUUCCAGCAAUGGCACACUGAGAUGGGGAACUGCCUCGUCCACUGGGCAUGUUGCGAUCCAGACUUGGCUUCGAGACGAUGCAAAUGGAAUGGAUGGCAUUCAGUCGGGCUCCCUUGAUACAAUGAUAACCGAAAACCCACUGAUCACGUUAUCAGCAGAUGGCAAGUCCGCGAAGGGGCGGUGGAACGGUCUGAGGUUCAUGGGCGAUGGCAAAGGUGGAACGCGCAUUCAGGGCGGCAUCUAUGAGAACGAAUACGUCCAGACAGAAUCUGGAUGGAAGAUAUCACUGCUGCAUUACUAUGCGCUGUAUGCUGGACCUUAUGUAGGAGGCUGGCGGAACGUUGGCGGAGGUCUUCCAGUGGUUCCCUACCACUUCACUGCAGAGAACGCUGGAGCUGCAGUCUCUGAACCGAUAGGAGAGGCUCCUCAGACGAAUGCGAGCUUGGGCGAGCUCGCUCAACGAAUUGAACGACUCAACGACGAAGACGAGAUUCGCAACUUACAACAUGUUUAUGGCUACUAUGUGGACCGCCGUAUGUGGACGGAUGUCGUUGACCUUUUCGCUCCCAAUUCGACCGUCAACAUCCGGGGAGCCGGAUCGUACCUCGACUCAUCGGGUGUCCGGCAAGCGAUGGAGCGGAUGGGAAGAGAAGGGCUCUCUCAAGGCAUCCUGAAUGACCACCCAAUAUUUGGUGCGACCGUCAACGUGCUGCCUGGAGGUGUUGAAGCCAUUGCCCGCGGCAUCGAGGUCGGUAUGACCGGUGAUGCGAAUUCAAAGACUGCCUCUUGGGAGUUCUCCGUGUUUCGCAACACAUUCGUCAAACAAGAAGGCUUAUGGAGAUUUCAAGAACUCAAUGUUACGCCUCUUAUCAAAGCGGACUACUUCAAAGGAUGGGGUGACGGCGGUUCUUUUGCGGCUCAGAAUGCGUCUGUGCCAUUCUUGGACUUCUCUCCGCGCAGGUCCCGCCAACUGGUCAAGAACGCCAAAGUUACGAUCAAUUCAAUCAGUGAGCUUGCACGCCUCCUUGCACGUUCAUCUGCAUGGGACGGCACUGAGAAUGUCUCUUCGGCCUACGGCUAUCUGCUUGACGACUUGGCCUGUCCGCUUCUUGGCGCCAUCCACGCCUCGAAGGGCAAUAAACUUUCACCUUUCACUGGAUGGUACGCUACACCAGAACGGAUAACAACCGCAUGUUCGACCCAGUGGGGCACAAAUCACUCUGCUUUGCGCUCAAGCAUUUCAUUUCACUGGCGACCACAGCCAGUCAUCCUCGUCAGUGACGACGGCCGCUCCUCGACCCUCCGGGCCAGGCUUCUGCAACCAUCUACCAGCAUCGACAAGGCUGGCUCGUUCAACGGGGCGAUGUACCACGACCAGAUGGUGCUUGAGGAGGGCAAGGGAUGGAAGUUGUGGAGCGUAACUAUCGAUGAAUUCUACUGGAUGUCGAAGAACUGGGCCGAGGGCUGGGCAACAGCCACGGUCAGCAACUCGAGCAGCAGCGCCAACUCUACCUCGUCUCUGGCGCAGAAGUACCCGCCUGACCUGACACUACCCGAGGUGGGUGACCGAGAAGCUAGCUUCAGGGGCGGGAGUGAUAGACCGAUUGAGUGGCCGGAGAUCCAACGGAUGUGGUUCCAGUACCGCAACCCGGUGUCGGGUAGGAUGCCCGAGUACUACUGGCCUGGCUGCGUGCCCUGCCGAGCCCGACCUGAAUGGGCGCUCGAGGCAAAUGGGUAUCAAGAGCCACCGACAGGACCGCCACUCUUGAACACCACCGGUGGGGUGUCUAGACGCCAAACACGUCUUGGGAAUAAAUGGAAUACGUGGUAA